AUGGCGGCCUCCGUACUGAGACGCUGCCUGAGUGCUGCUAUCAAAGUUAAACAUUCAUCUCCUUCCUUUUCAGCCAGAAGAUGGUUACUUUCAUCAGCUUAUUCAGACACCUCAUUGUGGGAGGCAAGAGAGAAGGACCCUCAAAAUUUGGCUUUGCUGGCCAACAAUAUGGACAGGAUAUAUGAGAGGAAUCUUCCAGUUAGCUCCUUGACUGUGUCUCAGUUUGUAGAUAAUAUAUCAUGCAGAGAGGAGGUGGAUCAAGCUGAAUACUACCUUUACAAGUUUCGCCACAGUCCAAAUUGUUGGUACCUUAGAGAUUGGACUAUUCACAGUUGGAUCAGGCAGUGUUUGAAAUAUGGCGCCAGAGAAAAGGCCCUGCACACGCUCAAAAACAAGGUCCAGUAUGGUAUCUUCCCAGACAACUUUACCUGCAAUCUGCUCAUUAAUUCCUACUUGAAGGAUGAGGACUUCGAAAGCGCAUCAUUUGUCGUGGAGGAGGUGAUGCUACAGGAGGCCUUUGACCUUCCCUCCACACAGAUCCUAUCACUGUACACGCUAGCCAGUUACCUAGCAACUAGACCGAAGCUCACUGUGUCGCAGCAGCGAGCGCUGGGUGCUUCGCUGCUCAUCUGCGGCCUUAAGCAAGACAACAGUGUAGGCCUCACAGCUAUGCUACUAGGGAACGCUCUGCUAGGAAAAGUGGAGAUGGAUAAAGGCAUCCAUGCUGUGUUCAAAGGCAUGCCUCUCUUCUGGGAGCGAGGAUAUAUAAGUCGUGCGCUGGCGGUCAUGGAGAGCGUCGUCACCUCACGUGCUGACAUCAAACUCUCCAAAGAUUCGUUGGCAUUUCUAGGCGACGUGCUGCACAGGCUGUCAUCCACCACGUCCGAUUUGUCUGGAGAGGAAUCCGCGGUGGGGCAAGAAUCAAAAGAAGAAAUUGAUGAAGACGAUCAGGCGGAGAGGGAAAAACUUUCUGAAUAUGAGAGUAAAUUCAAGGUGACGGUCAGCCAAUUGGAGGCUCAGGGAAAAGUUGACGCCUCUGACUUUCGGACAUUGGCAACCAGUCUGGCCCAGCAGCAGCUGCCCUCCGUGGAGAGACCCGACCUUGAUCAUUAUGCGACUCUACUGGAGGCCUGGGAGGUGGAGAGGAAGCAAUUGAUCCAAAGGGAGCAGGAGGCGAGGCGGAAGGCUGAAGAGGAGAAGCAGCAGCGUCUUGCUGCCAAAGCGGCACUCCAGCAACAGGCUUAA